AGCUGUUGUGUCAUGCCUUCCUCUCCAGGCCAGUGUUUCUGCACACACAGCUCAGGAAAGCCACACACACCCGGCUUAGUUAUCCUUCUGCUUUCCCAGCUGGGUUGCAUUCACACUGGACUGAGUGACUCCUGCGCUUCUUGGGUUGUGGUUUAAGGGCAAGACUGCAGGCCGUUUGUGCAUGUUGCUUGCGUGACACCUGAAGGCCUUCUUUUGGACCAUGAGCGGUUGCUGUGUGGUUAAAGUCAUCUCUAUCACUGAGAUCCAACUGCUGCCGGUUCAGAAUCGCCUGGAGAACUCCAAGUACCACCUCCACCAGACUCAGGCCCAGCAGGUCAAGCAAUACCUAACUUUGGGCAGCAAACUUGCUAGCCAGCCCCACUCGGUUGGCCAUCCUCACUCGGGCCAGGCCCUGGGAUCGGUGCCAGUCAUGCGCAAUGGACACAUGCCACCCGUGAGCGACAGUAGCACUCCAGGAAGCCCCGUCACCCUGCUCACGCUGGCCAACAAUCACGACAGUGAGUUUCCAAUGGAUGAAGUUAUUGAUGAUCUUAUUAGCCUUGAAACCGGGUUCAAAGAUGGGGGUUUGGAUUGUAUGGAGCCAGGCCUCAUAAUGCAAAAUAAUGUUUCCCUGAACAACAUCAUGCAGGAGGUGUACGGCGUUGAACAAGAACACGACACCAGAGUCAUGGCUAAAGAAAGACAGAAAAAAAACAACCACAAUCUAAUUGAAAGACGACGGCGAUACAACAUCAACUACAGGAUCAAGGAGCUCGGUACGCUGAUACCGAAGUCAAAUGACCCUGACAUGCGCUGGAACAAAGGGACGAUCCUCAAGGCCUCGGUGGAAUACAUUAAGUGGCUGCAGAAAGAGCAGCAGCACGCCCGUGAUCUCGAGAACCGACAGAAGAAACUAGAACAGGCCAACAGAAGACUCCUGCUACGAAUCCAGGAAUUGGAAAUCCAGGCUCGCGCUCAUGGUUUGCCCAGUAUGGCUGCUUCUAUGGGAGCUGUUGAACUUUCAUCACACCUUCUAAAGCAACAACAGCAGCAUCAGAUGGUCACACCGACCCCUCAGAGCACCCAGGCCCCGCCACAGCCAGGCCAGCCGCUCGUCUAUCCUCAGGAGGACAUGAGCAACCCAGAAUACACCCAGCGGGCACCCUUACCGGCAGCCAUGGUUGAACAGACUGACGGCUCCAACACAUACUCCGAUCCGCUCUCUCACUUCACUGACUUCUUCUGCAGCACCUUGAAAGAAGAGCACCGGCUGGACGAGAUCUUGAUGGACGACCCUCUCUCGCCCUUUGGGACCGACCCGCUCCUCUCUGCCGGAUCGCCCGCGGCGUCCAAAGAGAGCAGCCGCAGGAGCAGCUUCAGCUCAGAGGAAGCAGACGAUCUCUGACCGUUCGGAGGCUGACCUGUAACACUGUGUAACUGACCUCCCAUUUCCAUUGGAUUACAAAGAUCUUACUCCGAUGUUGAGUCAGACACAUCAAAAAAGGGAGAUUGACUCAUUGAUCUACUGACAUUAAACUACUGUGUGAAGAAUGGACUGUCUAUACAGCAAUAACACUGGUUACGUAUGAUCACUGGAUCACCAAAUGUAUAUUUCUGAAACUUAAUGGCAUUGUUGAGAUGGACCAGUUUAGAGAUCAGAGAGAUCUUUUUGUGCCUUAUCCAAAGCAGGCUAACUUUAUUACCACUGAGACCAGAAGCAAUGCAGACGUUAUUAGGCUAGAAGCAAAAAAAAAAAAAAAAAAGAACCAUAACGCAUCUUUCUAUAUUUCUUACAUAAUGUAUUUUUCCAGAAACAUACUGUUCAUGUAUUUAUGUUUUAAUCCCUGUAUUCUUAAACGUUUCUUAAUCUAACUUGUUACUUUUUAUAUAUAACUCUAGGGGUGUGGGAAAACACAAUAAACCCCUUUUUGAUAAACUGAA